AUGGCUUUCUUGAUGAAAAAGAAGAAAUUCAAAUUCCAAACCACUUUUACCCUGGAGGAGCUGACUGCGGUUCCUUUCGUGAACGGGGUCCUCUUCUGCAAAGUCCGGCUGCUGGAUGGCGGGGAUUUUGUCAGCUUGUCGUCAAGGGAGGAAGUGCAGGAGAACUGUGUGCGAUGGCGGAAGAGAUUCACCUUUGUGUGUAAGAUGAGCGCUAACCCAGCCACUGGUCUGCUGGACCCCUGCAUCUUCCGUGUGUCUGUGCGCAAGGAGCUGAAAGGCGGGAAGGCGUAUUCCAAGCUGGGCUUUGCUGACUUGAACCUGGCUGAGUUUGCGGGCUCAGGCUCCACGGUACGCUGCUGCCUGCUGGAGGGAUAUGACACAAAGAACACCCGUCAGGAUAACUCCAUCCUCAAGGUCACCAUUGGUAUGUUCCUACUCUCUGGAGACCCCUGCUUCAAGACGCCACCGUCCACAGCCAAGUCCAUCUCCAUCCCGGGCCAGGAUUCUUCCUUGCAGCUGACAUGUAAGGGCGGUGGGACCGGCAGCGGCGGCGUCAGUGGCACCAACUCUCUUACUGGGUCCAGGCCCUCCAAGGUCCGGCCCACCAUCCUCAGCUCAGGGGUGCCAGAGGAGCCAGAUCAGAACCUGUCCAGCCCUGAGGAGGUAUUUCACUCUGGCCACUCCCGCAACUCCAGCUACGCCAGCCAGCAGUCCAAGAUAUCUGGCUACAGCACGGAGCACUCACGCUCCUCCAGCCUCUCGGACCUGACACACCGCCGCAACACAUCCACUAGCAGCAGUGCCUCCGGCGGCCUUAGCAUGACCGUGGAGGGCCCUGAGGGCAGUGAGCGGGAGCACCGGCCCCCUGAGAAACCACCCCGACCCCCCCGGCCUCCACACCUGUCAGAUCGCUCGUUUCGGCGGAAGAAGGACUCGAUGGAGAGCCACCCCACCUGGGUGGAUGACACACGGAUCGAUGCAGAUGACAUCGUGGAGAAGAUCAUGCAGAGCCAGGACUUCACAGACGGCAGCAACACUGAGGACAGCAACCUCCGGCUCUUCGUGAGCCGCGAUGGCUCCACCACACUGAGUGGCAUCCAACUGGCUAACAGGGUCUCCUCUGGUGUCUACGAGCCAGUUGUGAUUGAAAGCCAUUGA